CCCGGCGGCCGCCAGCGGGGUCUGGGCCUCGGGGUCCACCGCGCUCCUGGAGUCCCAGUGCCGUGGGCCCCACUCACCGGGCAGCAUUUAUUGCACCUGCCUGCCUCCUUAGGGCAAGAACAAGUGGCCCAGAAUCCCAGCAGACCAAGAGGAGCUUCCUGGCCAGGCAGCAUGGUCUCCCAGGGCUCCGCGCCCUCCCUGCUGGAGGCCCUGAACAGCGACUUCCUGGCCUGCAAAAUCUGCCUGGAGCAGCUACAGGUGCCCAAGACGCUGCCCUGCCUGCACACCUACUGCCAGCAGUGCCUGGCACAGCUGGCUGACAGUGGCCACAUCCGUUGCCCUGAGUGCCGCGAGUCGGUGCCUGUGCCGCCUGCUGGCGUGGCUGCCUUCAAGACCAAUUUCUUUGUCAAUGGGCUCCUGGACCUGGUGAAGGCCAGGGGAGACCUGCAUGCGGGGAAGCCUGCCUGUGCCCUCUGUCCCCUGGUGGGGGGCACCAGCACUGGGGGCCCAGCCACGGCCCGGUGCCUUGACUGUGCUGACGACCUGUGCCAGGCCUGUGCCGACGGCCACCGCUGCACCCGCCAGACCCACUCGCACCGUGUGGUGGACCUGGUGGGCUACAGGGCGGGCUGGUAUGAUGAGGAGGCCCGGGAGCGCCAGGCUGCACAGUGCCCCCAGCACCCUGGCGAGGCCCUGCGCUUCCUGUGCCAGCCCUGCUCGCAGCUGCUGUGCCGAGAGUGCCGGCUAGACCCCCACCUGGACCACCCCUGCCUGCCUCUGGCCGAGGCGGUGCGCGCCCGCAGGCCGGGUCUGGAGGAGCUGCUAGCAGGCGUGGACAGAAACCUGGCGGAGCUGGAGGUUGCCCGUACUGCAGAGAAGGACGCACUGGCCCGGCUGCGGGAGCAGGCGGCCAGAGUGGGGCUGCAGGUGGAGGAGGCGGCCGAGGGAGUCCUCCGGGCCCUUCUGUCCCAGAAGCAGGAGGUGCUCGGGCAGCUGCGGGCCCAUGUGGAGGCGGCAGAAGAGGCGUCCUGGGAGAGGCUGGCAGAGCUCGAGGGCCGGGAGCAGGUGGCCAAGGCAGCUGCCGCCUUUGCCCGCCGGGUGCUCAGCCUGGGCCGCGAGGCCGAGAUCCUGUCUUUGGAAGGGGCUAUUGCCCAGCGGCUCCGGCACCUACAGGAUCGUCCCUGCACCCCCGGGCCAGUCCUGUGCCUGCUGCCCCGGCUGGACCUCCACCCUGGGCUCCUGGACAAGAACUGCCACCUGCUUCAACUCUCCUUCGAGGAACUGAGGCCCAAGGAGGAAGACAACAGAGAGAGAGCAGGUGCUGCCAGCGCCACUGCCACCCAGGGAGGAGGUGAAGCCCCCAAGAGUCGGAGCCAGGGUGAACCUGAGGCUCAGUGCCCAAAGAAAGACACCCCUCAUGAAACCGCAGAAGACGGGGCUGCCCAGGCUCCCAAAGAAGGCACGGCCCAGGUGUCGCAGCCCCAGAAAACCCAGGUGACUCCCAAGGAGGACAGAACCCCGUCUCCCCAAGAAGACAGGGGAGCCCCUGCAGAGAGGGACGCCAAGGCCAACAAGAAGAGGAAGUUCAAGGGCAGGCUCAAGUCCAUUUCCCGUGAGCCCAGCCCCGCCCCGGGCCCCAACCUGGAAGGCUCUGGCCUCCUGCCCAGGCCCAUCUUCUUCUGCAGCUUCCCCACGCGCAUGCCUGGGGACAGGCGGUCACCUCGGAUCACUGGCCUCUGCCCCUUCGGCCAGCGGGAGAUCCUGGUGGCCGAUGAGCAGAACAGAGCUCUCAAGCGCUUCUCCCUCAACGGUGACUACAAGGGGGCCGUGCCCGUGCCCGAAGGAUGCUCCCCGUGCAGUGUGGCUGCCCUUCAGCAGGGGGCUGUGGCCUUCUCAGCCGGUGCACGGCUCUAUCUCAUCAACUCCGAGGGUGAGGUGCAGUGGCGCCGGGCGCUGAGCCAUUCCCAGGCCAGCCACGCUGUGGCUGCGUUGCCCAGCGGGGACCGGGUGGCGGUCAGCGUGGCGGGCUAUGUGGAAGUGUACAACAUGGAGGGCAGCCUGGCCACUCGGUUCAUCCCUGGUGGCAGGGCCUGCCGCGGCCAGCGAGCACUCGUGUUCCUGACCGCCAGCCCCCAGGGCAAUUUUGUGGGAUCCGAUUGGCAGCAAAACAGCGUGGUGGUGUGCGACGGGCUGGGCCAGGUGCUCGGGGAAUACCGGGGGCCAGGCUUGCACGGCUGCCAGCCGGGGUCCCUGACCGUGGACAAGAAGGGGUACAUCUUCCUGACCCUGCGGGAGAUCAACAAGGUGGUGAUUCUGGACCCCAAGGGUUCCCUUCUUGGGGAUUUCCUGACAGCCUACCAUGGCCUGGAAAAGCCCCGCGUGACCACCAUGGUGGACGGCAGGUACCUGGUCGUGUCCCUUAGUAAUGGGACCAUCCAUGUCUUUAGGAUCCGUGCCACCGACAGUUGAAGGGGUUGGGGGUCAGGGCAGGAGGGGGUGGGGAAG